UCAGCCCAGCCACAGGCCCACAACCCAUAAACAAAUUUGUGUGACGGUUCGAAUACACACGAUUGGUGGUUUCAUUGUAUACAGGCCGCCAGGCAAGCAAAGUGAAAACUCAGUCUUCAGGAAGAAGAAGAUUUCUUCAUCGCAUUUAUGUACUAGUGAUCCAACAGAAUGGCAGAAUCUAGUGUGAAAAAAACCAGUCGUAUCGAGGAAGAUAGAAUCAGCAAGCUGCCUCAGAACGUACGAGAAACUAUUCUAUGUUUUAUGCCAAUAGAGGAUGCAGUGAGAACUAGCAUUUUGUCGAAGAAAUGGAGGCAUUGUUGGACUAUGAUGCCACACCUAAUCUUUGACGAAGAAUUCGUUAAUCGAAUCUUAAGGAAAUUAGGUCGCGAUGGUGAUGAUAGACUUAAUGCCUAUGGAUUAGUUAGUAGGAUAAAUAAAAUUAUUCUACUCCACAAGGGUCCAAUCCUUAAAUUUUCAUUCACCAUACCUUAUUAUAAUCCUCAUUAUAAUUGUGAUGCUCAACUACUUCAUGAUUUUAUUGAUCAGUGGAUUCCGUUAUUAUCAGUCAGAGGUACCAAGGAAGUUAUUCUGGAUGACUAUCUGCUUCGACACGUUACGGCACACCAUUUUUCCUCUUUAGAUCUUACCCAUUUGAGGCUGAUAAGUGUUUGGUUUCCCUAUAAACCUACAUUUGGAAGAUUUACUCAUCUGAAGAUUCUUGAGCUAGUUCAUGCCCAUUAUACUGAUGAUGCUUAUAGUUUCAAAAAAAACAUCUUUGAUUGCCCCGUGCUUGAGAAGUUGAGCUUGAUACUUUGUGAUGGACUGUUCCAUACCAACUUCCACGCUCCUAAUCUCAAUUGCCUGCAUCAAAUAUAUCGGGAAGCAACUACCGAAAUCCCUUACGCUGGGUUAGAGAACCUUACAGAAUAUUCAUUAAUGUUGGCACAACUAGGCACACUAAAGGAGUUGAAAACAUCGAAUGUGGUCAAGUAUCUCGGUAGUUUACACAAAAUUGAGAAGUUCUCUGCAGCAAGGGAUUUUCUGAAGUACUUGGCUAAAGGCGGUUGUCCCAAUAGACUUUCUAAGUCACUUCCCUACCUAAAGACUUUAAGCAUCGCUGAUAUACAUUUCACCCACUUGUCUGAGGUUUCUUGUUUGCUUUGUAUGAUUCGGAGUGCUCCCAACUUGUGCAAAUUAUAUAUCUCGGCUACGGAUUGUGAUGGCGAUGAGGAUUGUGAUGAUGAAAAUUGUGAUGGUGAAAACGAUCUCCAAAAUUAUCGGAUAGAAGAUUCUGAAGACUGUACUACUACAGGUCAUCUUCAGAUUGUCUCGUUCAAUUAUUUCAGAGGUCUCAGAGCUGAGUUGGAGCUAGUCAAGUUUGUACUUGCUCACUCUCCAUUGCUCAAAACAAUGUUCAUUCACCGUCACCGUGAUGUAAGCAUUAAAAGUGGUGUAGCAUUAAAACUGACAGAGGAGAUAUUGCAAUAUCCUAGAGCUUCAACAAUAGCACAAGUCAAACACUUAGAACACAGUAUUGAGAUCGAUGCUUUUGAUGAUGAACUUUGGUGUGGGUAUGAGAUAUAGAUAGCCUUGUUGCAGACUUGCAGUCAAGCUUCUGGCUCCUGCUUUCUAGCCACUUUGGAGUAACAAAAAGAAGAUAAAAAACAGCUGUUUAGUAGAACAUUUGCAACAAAUGUAUCUGUGUAAGUUGGCAACUUUCAAUGUUUUAUAUCUGCUACAGUCAUGACCAUGUGCUUUUGUGUUUCUAUCUUCAUUACCACCUAGAUCAUGUAUGUGGACUGCAUCUCUUGUAUCCUAAGAUUUGCUUAAUUUAGCUUUAUUAUCUUAA